UUUGAGUUGGAUAGGAGUGAGGAAAACAUGUGUUGUUCCCAUGAGGUGCUCCCACAGUAGAUUGAGUUGAGUGAACUAGAAUCUAAUGAACUAUUCGGACAUGAGUUCGACCAAGCAUCAGAACACAGCAGCCAUGUGCUUCAAAGCUCUCCAAGCGACAAUGAUCCUAUUCGCCUUAGUUAUGCUCCAACCCGUCCACGGGCUCUCUCAGCCCGUGAUCACCCGCCAUCCAACCGAUAUCACCGUGGUAAAGAAUGAGCCCACCACCCUCGAAUGUCGAGUCAGUGGAGACCCAGAUCCCAUCGUCGAAUGGUACAAAGAUGGCCAAUUGGUUCACAUUGACCCCGAGGAGCCCAAUCCUAUGCUUUUGCCCGAUGGAUCUCUGUUCUUCUUGAAAGCCGUCCACAACAAACGUCAACAAGAUGGCGGUGUUUAUUGGUGUGUGGCCUCCAAUUCGCAAGGGGUGGCCAGGAGUGCCAAUGCCACGCUUCAGAUUGCCUUUCUGAAUGACGAAUUUCGCAUCGUGCCCACGAGUACGGAUGUCGUGAAGGGUGAAGAUGUGAUGCUGGAGUGCUCUCCACCCCGCGGGAAUCCCACCCCCGUGGUCAAAUGGAAGAAGGACGGUGCUUAUUUGGACCUCACCUCGGCUAAGCGGAUUAAAAUUGAUGAGAGCGGAAAUUUGGUCAUCUUCAAGGCGGAUUUAGGCGACGGAGGUCGGUACGAAUGUUCCGCGAGCAAUGUUGCCGCCACUCGAGUCUCCAGUCCGGUCAGACUGACCAUAAUAGAGCCUCCAAGCUUCACUCACAGGCCUAAAUCGGUGUCGGUUAUGGCCGGGGAAGACGCCCUCCUGGAAUGUCAGGUGGACGGAGUCCCCAUGCCGGAUAUUACUUGGAGCAAGACUGAUGGUGUGAUUGGUACCAACAAGGUGAAGAUCAUCCCUCGUCGGGGGCUAAAAAUCAAAUAUGUUCACCCUUCUGACGAAGGUGAAUAUGUGUGCACGGCUCAAAAUGCGGGUGGCAGGGUCACAGCAACGGCCUGGCUACGAGUUCACGCCCCACCCGUGAUCACGGUUCCACCAGAGAGCCAUUCUCAAGUGUCUGUCGGAGCUGAGCGGGUGGUGUUGGCGUGCCUAGUGAUUGGUACGCCGGCUCCGUUGGUCUACUGGGUGAAGGAGGAUGGUUCCGCCGACGAGAUCUAUUUCUCGACCAAUUUGAACCCCGCCAAUGGUCUGUACUCGAACAGCGGUGAUAUCAGAGUGAACGGCGAUGGCUCUUUGGAGAUUAUCAAUCCCCAAGUGAGCCAUUCCGGUCAUUACACCUGCUCAAGCACUAAUGAAGUAGGAUCAGCAAUCGCUCGAGCCAAUCUAUUAGUGUAUGAUUUUGAUGAGCCCACGUCUAAUCAUGCCAUCAUCGAGCAAGAGAAUCAAUUGUUCAACUUGGUGAAUGAGCCCAACUCGGAUCGGAAAGAGGCCAGGCUAAGACUGAAUCAUGCCGAGACCACAAUGAUCGAAUUGAGAGUGCUCAACCCGAAGACAGUGAGAGUGAAUUGGAAAGUGUCUCAAGAAUCAGCCUUCAUCCAAGGUUACCGCAUCUGGUACAAGGCCCAGAACCAAGCCGACUCUUCAUUCAACUUUGCACAAGUCCCACAGUCCUAUUCCAAGACCUUUGAGAUCCAGCAGCUGGAGGAGAACACCAAUUACCACGUCUUUGUUCAACCAUUCUACAAGGAUGUGAUCGGUCGACCCUCGCAGCUAAUGAGCGUGAGCACACCUAUGGAUUUACCGAGUCUCGCACCUGCGAUCAAAGAGGCCCGUCUCCUGAACGCUAGCUCGAUCUUCCUCUCAUGGGAUGGCAUUCCCGUGAAUCAUCAUAAUGGACCCCUCCUGGGUUACGAGAUCAUAAUCAGUGGCAAUAGCACCUUUGUGAACAACACCGUCCAGCCGGCCAGCAUUCGUCAAGUCACACUUUUUGUCCAAGGCAUGAUGGCCAACAAGGUCUAUUCCAUUCAAAUUGGGGCCGUAAACGAAUUAGGCAGAGGGCCUCUCUCCAACCCUUUGGAGAUCGAAUUGGACCCUCUGUUUCUGUACGGCCUGAGCCGCAGUACUGUCACUCCGGUCUACGAUCAAGCCGCCAAUCAAAUGACGCUCAUCAUCAUCGUCAUCGCCAUCUGCUCGUUCAUUCUCAUCCUCUUGUCGGGUAUUCUUUUUUACAAGCGAAAAAUGGGAAAGGGUGGGGAUAAUAAACACGAUGGAUACCUCGAAGCCGCUACCACGUGUGCCACGGAUGAAUACUACCACCAUCAAAUUGUGCGAUCCUCCAAUCACGGUGGGAGCAAAGCUGAUGGAUUGUGGAUCGAUCGCAAGCGAUGUGAUAGGAAAGAUGACCAAGCUGAUAAAGAGUCAAGUGCCAGUGCCUACGAGAGAAAGCUCCUCGUUCAACCCAACCAUUACCACACGCGAAUGCAUUCCAAUUCGGACACGGAGUACACGUACGUGGAGAACAACAAGCACAACGCGUCCCAUUUCGCCACCUCAAGUUCGGGCGCCUCUCGCCACACGGCAGAAUCACCCGAGCCCUAUGCCACCACUGACAUCAUCAAAAGCAGCGGGUAUGCCAUGCCCAUGCCCAUGAUGAACUACUCACGCACCAAACCCAAUCAGUCUCAGUCAUCCUCGAAUGUGACUGGAGAGAAAAGCCAUCUUCGAUGCAAGAGGAGCGCUGCUCAAGCGGGCAACAUCUUGGACUAUAUCCCUCCUCCUCCUGUUCACCCACCGCCCAGCACGCGUUACAAUGCUUCUCAAGAGAGUGUGAUCUCCCCCAAGUAUCUGUUUAGUCAUCCUAUUUACCAGUCUACCUCGAUUUCGUUCGACCAAUCGUCAAAAGCCGCUGGUCCCAAAUCCACUCAUCGUAUCCAUCCGUCAAAGCGUUAUGGUAGCGAAUAUCAACGGGAGAACGAAGUCUUUUCCCGAUUACUCCCCAGAGAAGUCGAUUCCAAUCCUGCGGAGUCGUCCAGUCACGAUUGCACGGAUCCUGAUCUAGAGAGCGAGCUCCAGAAUUUCAAAAACGUUGUUACAAACUUGUCUUUGGGCCUUGGCUCAAGAAGGCCGUCCAAGGAAUUUGGAAACCCUCACUCCCGUGGCGACGAGGAGGAAUAACCUUUUCUGUACAUGAAUUGACUGUUAUUCAGAUGUGAGAUUUGCUAUUCAUUCAGAAAUAUACCCAGCUUUUUGUUUUCGAA